CUUGGCGCGGUUAGUUCGAAUCGACCCCGCACAGGCGCUUGCAGCGUCCUCUUUCCGAGCCUCGCUGUGUGGGGUUGUUCCUGCAGCAAGGGAGGGAGGUGAGUGACCGAGCGAGCGGCUGCUCGAGCCGGGGCCCGCUGCGUGAGGCUAGUCCUAACAAAUAGCAAUGGAUGACUACACAAAGAUAGAGAAGAUUGGUGAAGGUACCUAUGGUGUUGUAUAUAAGGGUCGACACAAAUCCACAGGCCAGGUGGUUGCCAUGAAGAAAAUUCGACUAGAAAGUGAGGAAGAAGGUGUUCCCAGUACAGCAAUCAGGGAAAUUUCUUUACUAAAAGAGCUACACCAUCCCAAUAUAGUCUGUCUUCAGGAUGUGCUUAUGCAAGAUUCAAGACUGUACCUCAUCUUUGAAUUCCUUUCUAUGGAUCUCAAAAAAUAUUUGGACUCUAUUCCAUCUGGCCAGUAUGUAGAUUCCAUGCUUGUUAAGAGUUACCUGUAUCAAAUCUUGCAAGGUAUUGUAUUCUGUCAUUCAAGAAGGGUUCUGCACAGAGAUUUAAAGCCUCAAAACUUGUUAAUAGAUGAUAAAGGAGUAAUUAAAUUAGCAGAUUUUGGACUGGCCCGAGCCUUUGGGAUCCCUGUCCGGGUAUAUACACAUGAGGUAGUGACACUGUGGUAUAGAUCUCCAGAGGUGUUGCUAGGAUCUGCUCGUUACUCAACUCCUGUAGAUAUCUGGAGCAUUGGUACCAUAUUUGCUGAAAUUGCAACUAAGAAACCACUCUUUCAUGGAGACUCUGAAAUUGAUCAACUCUUCAGAAUCUUCAGAGCUUUAGGGACACCCAACAAUGAGGUGUGGCCCGAAGUGGAAUCCUUGCAAGACUAUAAGAACACAUUCCCCAAGUGGAAACCUGGCAGUCUGGCGUCUCAUGUCAAAAACUUAGAUGAAGAUGGACUAGAUUUACUCUCUAAAAUGUUAAUUUAUGAUCCUGCAAAAAGAAUCUCUGGCAAAAUGGCCUUGAACCAUCCAUACUUUGAUGACUUGGACAAAUCCAAUCUUCCAGCCAAUCAGAUUAAGAAAUUCUAAUUCACCAUUGGACUAAAUCCACCUGAGUGGUCUGAACAAAAUAAUUAAUCGUGACAUUUUUUUACUAUUGAGUCUGUCUAAUUUUUUUGUUUUGUUUUUUGUAUGUCUGUCCUUUCUGCUCUAAAACUGCAGCUGUAUUUAGCGUGUCGUGGUUUAAAUAUUACUUAAAUGUAAAUAAAUAUUAACCUAUUAUUAGUGCUGAAUUUAAAUACAAUGCAAAUCUUGCUGCUAUUAAUGCAGUUCACUAUUUCUAUAAAUAAAGCUUUAAAUCCCCCA